AACUCAGCUCAGCUCCCUCCCCCCAUGCACGGCCCACGUACACAGCUCUGCCUUUGUUUAGCUCGUCAAAAACACCUCUUAAAUUUCAGUUCAUUGCUCCAUACUCACUCUAAAAAAGGCUGUGACAGAUUUGAGGAAAAAUGGACUACAACGACUGGGUCCAUCCUAACCAGAACCUGGGCCAGCAAUCACAGGUACAAGACCAGGAACAGGACCAAUACAUAGUGAUCCACUCGGGAGGACCAGGUGUAACCAACGAUGUCUUCGCCAUACCGGGUGGUACCACUUCGGAAGACCUCAUGGACAACCUGGUUCAUAGCGGGGAAGCCAGCCUCUCUCGUCUUAAUGUGCUGCCGUUCUAUGAGCAGGAGAUGGAGGGGGAGAAGGAGGAGGAGAUGACCAUGAGGGGGAAAGAAGAGGAAGGGGAAGAGGGGGAUGAUGACCAAGAAGAUGUCGAUGACAUCCUAAGAAAUGUAAUGCAAGUCCAAGGGAUACAAUCUGUAUCACCUACCCCCUCUGAUGAUGACUCCUACCCAUACAUGACCCAGAGACGACCUUUAUCUGAGAAGCAAUCCCACAAUGCCAUUGCACCCAGUAGUACUCUUCAGCCGCCGAUUCCGAAGCCGGUCAUCUCCGCCAAUCUUCCCCAGGGCUUCAGCUACAAGUUUGCUGCAGGAGGCGGCCGCAUCACUGGAGUCCACACCGGGCGGGUCAUCGACAAGGGGCAGUGCUUUGGCCCCUAUAACGGAUCCCUUCUGAAUGAGACAGCAGGAAAACAUAUAGGUUCUACAUGGGAGCUGUGCCUUCGAGGAGUCGUGUGGUUCUACCUGGACGGUAAGAACAAGAUCCACAACAACUGGUUGUACCACAUCAACCCUGCAAGGACCAGAGAAGAACAGAACCUAGAGGCCUUCCAGCACUAUGGGGAUAUCUACUUCAGAGCCCUGGACAACGUCCAACCCGGUACGGAACUCAAGGUCUUCUACUCUGAUGAAUACAGAAAGAAGAUAGGAUUCAACAUGGCAUUGUCGGAGCUGAACUAUCAAAAAGAUACUGAUGACUUUGAGUGCAAGGUGUGCAAAGCCAGGUGCAAGACCUCAAAGAGCAUGCUGAGACACAUCAUGUUCACUCAUGAGCAUAAGGAAGGACCGUCCAAGCAACGGCCUCCACAGUAUAUUGCUUCUAGUCAUUCUGCCAAGGGCGCCACCGGCACUGCUUCUGAUCAACUUGCUCAUUUUGCCAGGGAGGUUUGCCACAAAAAGGAUGUCGUCCGAAGGACACGUGAGGGAGCCGCCUCCAAGAGUGGUUUGAUUGAUAAAGGUGGCGUUGUCCGGAACGUUGAGAGACUCUCCGGAGGCACUCUACCCCAUGGCAAUGUGCAUCCCUCAAGAAGUACCAACGAACCUCAGCCACGUGAAAGAGCUGCCUCCAAGAGUAGUUUGAUCGAUAAAGGUGGCGCUGUCCGGAACGUUGAGAGACUCUCCGGAGGCACUCUACCCCAGAGCAAUGUGCAUCCCUCAAGAAGUACCAACGGACCUCAGGCACUUCCAAAAAGAACUAGCACCAGCAAGCAAGCUGCUGUGUUGCCUAGACGAGUGGCUCCUGCACCAAGUAGUGGGGACCACGUAUGCCCCACCUGUGGUAAGAGUUUCAACCACGAGGGCUUGUUGGACUCCCACCGGCUCUUCCACCGAACACAAAUCAAGGAGUUUAAGUGCGAAGUUUGUGGCCUGGUCUGCAAGUCGUUCCAAGAGCACAUCAGGCAUCGAAAUGGCCAUGCAGAGCGCUUGCACAGCUGCUUCCUCUGCGAGAACAAGUACCGUUACACGUCCAGUUACACACGGCAUCUAACCAAUGCCCACCAUAUCCAGGGGCGUCGGGAAAAUUACACUUGUCGGCUUUGCAGACAACUAGUGCAUGGUAAAAUGAAGAUGGUUGCGCACCGGACUGUCUGCACACUGCGGAAGAGAGAUGAUGAGCAAUGGAGGAGAGAAGAGUCAGAAGCAGAGGAGAGGUCGAGGGCUAUGAAAAGUCAUCCGCAGGGUUCCACUGAUUAUCAGGUCGAGGAUGUUGCCUCUGAUGAAGAGGAGCCUGAUCAUUGUGAGCCUCGUCAUUCUGGAAUGGAUGAUGAAAAUGGAGGUUGGAUAAGUGAGGAGGAAGAUCCUGGAUGUGAUCAAGAGGAAGAUUCUAGUGUGGACAGUGCCACUAGAAUUGAAGAUCACCAUAAUGCUUCCACAUCUGACUUACAGCUGAGGAGACCUGAACAAAAAGUCGGGUAUACCCAAGAAGAGUCAGAUAGAUUGGGAAGGAGGUUUGGGUAUUAUGAAACACCACGUCCUUUUCAAUGCAAGUACAAAACCUGUCACAGGAGCUAUGCCAAAAAAUGUGACCUGUUGCAUCACAUUCGCCGGUUCCACAGAAAAAAAAAUCUGGUGCUGCAAGUCGAUUCCCGUCCCUACAAGUGUGAGCAAUGCCCGCGGACCUUCAGCUCGUUGAAGGCACAGAACAACCACAAAGAGGACCAUACAGGCACCAAACCCUUUAAAUGCGAGCCAUGCUUCAAGUGGUUCCGGACGGCCAGGAGACUCUCAGAGCACAACUACAGGAUGCACAGGGAUCAUGUCAAGAAGAACGAGUGCACGGUAUGUGGCAAGAAGUUCUUGGAACUACACUCGUUGAAGAAGCAUGAGCGGUGCCAUCGAGGGGUGAGAAACUUCACGUGCGAGCUUUGUCAAAGAACCUUCACUUCCAAGCAUGGCCUCCAGACCCAUAUGGUGAGACACACGGGUGAGAAACCUUUCGCUUGUGAAAUAUGCGGGAGGACGUUUUCGCUCAACGUUUACCUAGUGCGCCAUGCUGUCACACACAGGCUUUACAAAGGAACUGAACAAACCGAUAGUACCAAUGAAAAGUGAAUAUUAAGGUGACUAGAAUCUGUGCAGAAGUUUCCACUGGUACUGGUAUUAUUUUACACUUAGAGACGUUCUGGGUGAGAAGCUUUUCAGAUGUGAAAUAUGCGGGAGGACGUUCUCGCUCAAUGUUUACCUAGUACGCCAUGCUGGCACACACGGGCUUUACAAGGGAACUGAACAAACCGCUAGAAACAAUAUAAAGUGAAUAUUAAGAUGACAAGAAUUUGUGCAGAAGUUUGUACUCGUACUCAUUAUUAUUAUUGUUAUUAUUAUUGUUUUUUUUUUAAUAAAGCGCUUAAUUCAAAUGUCUCUACGCGCUUUACAAAAUAUACUUUUACCCUGGUCAUUGGAUUCAGUGCUUGCCCGCAUACAAUGUGUGCACAAUCUCCACUCCCUGGGGAGCAUUCCAGCCAGGCGUUACAUGACGCUCAAAAAUUUUACACUUAGAGACGUUCUGCAGUAGUGUUCUUGGGCACCUUAGCUGCGCAGGGCCAGCUGGUUACCAUAUGUACCCACCACCCACAAUGUGUGGAGUUCUCUAUAUUGUGUAUAGUAAUCAGCUAGCCCUAGGCAGCUUAAAGCCCCACUGUCCUACUUGUAGCUACUUGCUCCCUCUAUAUAGGAAACUUCCCCAAUCGGUGCCUGUUGGUCCCCCAUGAUCCUCUUUUUCUUAUGUUAGUUGAGAGCUGAGUUAAUGAGAUGGCCACCUGUCAGUGACCUCGCUGUGUGGUCUUAUCCCUUCUUGCCCAGUAGUGUCGACGGUCUUUAAGAUGCGCACAAACAUAUUCAGUAUCAUUAGCAUCAUGGAUCAAAUUUGCUUAUUGAAAGUUCUGAGAUUAGUGAAAAUAACCCGGUUAAAGGGAAAAGUCGACACUGACUUUUCGUUGGUUUUCAAUGAAAGCAGGAAAAUGAGAGCUAGAGAUCAGUGGAAUUUGGAGCAAAAUCUGAUGAAAAAUAAGAAAGGUAUGAAUUUUUAAGUUGGAAUGUUGGAUCAAAGAAAAUUGGCAAGUCUGUGACGUAUCUUACAAGGUCCUUUUCGAGAGAUGAUGGACUUCCCAUUUAAAUUGAUUAA